GAUGGUCCUGGCAAUCCCACCUCCGAAGCAAAUGGGUUCACUCCGGUCGCAAAUGGACACGACGUCACAAAUGACGAGGAAAGUCCAUUGCUUCCACAGCCAGAUAGUCCAGAGCCCAAGAAAAAAGCUUUGGUGGGCGUGGGCACCAUAAUCGCGGUUCUCUUGCUCGGUGAAUUCGUUUCCAAUGCCGACGCCACUCUCGUUAUGGCCGCCGCUGGCCAUAUCUCCUCCGAAUUUAAUCGACUUCGCAACGCGAGCUGGCUCGCUACUGGGUAUAUGCUGGGUCUAUGCGCCGUACAACCAAUGUACGGCAAAUUGAGCGACAUCUUCGGUCGCAAACCUCUUCUGUUGUUAUCGUACUUCUUGUUCGGAACCGGUUGCAUUAUAAGCGGCAUCGGUUCGCAGAUGUGGGUGGUCAUCCUUGGUCGCGCGAUCAGUGGCAUGGGAGGCGGCGGGUGCAUGACUAUCGGCUCAGUUAUUAUCACUGAUAUUGUUCCUAAGCGCGAGGUCGCAACAUGGCGAGCGUAUGUCAAUAUCUCCAUGACUCUUGGCCGCAGCAUCGGCGGUCCCUUGGGCGGAUGGCUCAGUGAUACUAUCGGUUGGCGAUGGUUGUUUCUUCUCCAAACACCAUUAUUUGUCAUUGCUGCCAUUCUGGUGAUCGCCAAGCUCCACGUUGACCAGUCCACAACUCCUGCAAAGCGCGACACUCUAUCUCAACUUCGGCAAAUCGACUUUUUGGGGAUUGCGCUCCUCGGCACAUCCAUCGUGGCCGUUACGGGUCUUCUGGAUCAAGGUGGAAAAUCAUUUCCAUGGCGAUCGUGGGUGACUGUGGUGGCCGGUGGCGGAGUGCUCUUCCUGUUGAUUUCAUUCGUCCUCGUGGAAGCCUAUGUCGCCAAAGAUCCGAUUUUCAAUUUGCGUAUUCUGCGCAGACCGAAUGUGGCCGCUAGCUAUCUCAUCGGCACCCUUCAGAUUACGGCACAGUUGGGUAUGAUGUUCUCGAUUCCUCUUUACUUCCAGGUAACGCAACGCGCCUCGGUCACAGUCGCUGGUGGCCACUUGGUUCCAGCCGUGAUCGGUAACACGCUAGGUGGACUUGUUGCCGGUGGGUUCAUCCGCCGCACUGGGUAUUACAAGAUCUUACUUGUUCUGGCGAGCUUGAUAGCAUCGCUUUCUUAUGUACUGCUCUACUUCCGUUGGAAUGGGAGUACUGGAUUCUGGGAAUCCCUCGACAUCAUUCCUGGGGGCUUGGGCACUGGCAUUGCCUCAGCGGCCGCAUUCGUUGCCAUGACUGCUUCACUGCCUGCAGAAGAGGUUGCCAUGGCCACAUCUGUUUACAUGCUGCUGGUUAGCUUUGCCAUGACAGCCGGUGUCACGGUUUCCAACAGCGUCUUGGGGCUGGAGUUUCAACGACAGCUUCGUCGCAACCUUCAUGGCCCCGGCUCUGAGACGAUUAUUAAACGUGCAAUGGCCGAUACUGAUUACAUCGCCCAUUUGACCGGCCACCUCCGCGAGAUUGUGGUUGACUGUUACCUGUCCGGUCUCAAUCACACGUAUAUUGUCUCUCUCGGCUGUUCUCUUGCUGCCGCAUUUCUUGGCUUGUUCAUUCGACACCAUCAACUAUAG